UCAGUUUUGGCAGCGAGUUACGAUGAUGUAAAUAAAUGAAAUGAAACGUUAUGUGGCGCUAUCAGCACACUGCUGCAACCACCGACAUGUCGUUUGCGUUUGAGAGGCGGACAGUGAUCCCACACAGACAUGAAGUGACACAGACAGACAGACAGACAGACAGAGACACAGACAGACAGAGAGACAGACAGACAGACGUCCUUCUGGUGCUGCUGAAACAAGAUGUGGCUUCGAGAGGAGCUGUUAAAAUCCAUAUGGCACGCAUUCACAGCUCUGGACGUGGACCAGCGUGGAAAAGUUUCCAAAUCUCAAUUAAAGGUGCUGUCUCACAGCUUGUGUACAGUGAUGAAGAUCCCUCAUGACCCUGUGGCACUGGAAGAGCAUUUCAAUGAUGAUAAUAAAGGGCCGCUGUCCAACCAGGGCUACAUGCCUUACCUCAACAAGUUUAUUCUUGACAAGGUACAGGAGGAGUUUGAUCUACUGGAGUUCAACAAGAUGUGCUGGACUCUGUGUUACAAGAAAAAUAUCUGCACUAAAAAGCUCCUCAUCUCAGAUGAUGAUGCUUUUAAAGUCUGGUGCAUGUUUAACUUCCUGUCAGAAGACAAAUACCCGCUAGUCAUCAUUAUUGAGGAGAUUGAGUACUUGCUGCGAAAGCUGAUGGAGGCCACGGGGACUGGAUCGAGUGAGGAGAAGUUUGCAGAUUACAAGCUGCAGCUGAACACGAAGAAGAACCACCUGACUGCCUGGGAGCUGAUUGAACUGGUGGGGAUGGGUUACUUCAGCAAGGGCAUGAACCGCCAGACGCUGUCCAUGGCCAUCAGUGAGGUCUUCCAGGAACUCAUACUGGAUGUGCUCAAGCAGGGCUACAUGAUGAAAAAGGGCCACAAAAGGAAGAACUGGACCGAGCGCUGGUUCAUCCUUCGACCCAACUCUCUGUCGUACUACAUCUCUGAGGAUCUUGUGGAGAAGAAAGGAGACAUCAUUCUGGACCGAAACUGCUGCGUGGAGUCUCUGCCAGACAAAGAAGGGAAGAAAUGCCUGUUUAUUAUCAAGUGCACUGAUAAAAGCUUUGAGAUCAGCGCGUCAGAUAAAAAGAAAAAGCAGGAAUGGAUUCAAGCUACUCAAAUGUGCAUCCAGCUGCUGAGGUUAGGGCUCCCGUCUCCGCACCGUGAGGCCCGUUUGAGGCGCAGGGAGCUCCGACAGAGGCAGCAGACAGAGGAGGACGACCUGGCAGAGAAGAUGAAGCAGCUCCAGGCGGCCAAUGAGAACAAACAGAGACAGCUGGAGGAUAUGAGGAUGAAAAUGGAAGAGGCUGCGGCCAAAGCAGCAACAGAGGAACACAUGAGGAAGAAGACUCAAGUAGACCUGCACGAUCGCUACAGACUGGACCUGGAGAGAGAGAAAAUGGUGCGUCAGCAGAUGGAGGAGCAGGUGGCUCAGAAGUCCAGUGAACUGGAGCAGUACCUGCAGCGUGUCCGGGAGCUGGAGGACAUGUACCACCGGCUGGAGGAGGCCUUAGAAGACGAGAGGCAGGCCAAGCAGGAUGAGGAGAACAUGCGCAAGCUGCAGGCCAGGCUGCUGGAGGAGGAGGCAGCAAAGAGGGCAGAGCUGGAGGAGAUCCACCUGCAGCAGCAGAGGGCUCUGUCUCAGACUGAGGCUGAGAAGCAGGAGCUGGAGGCCGAGCGGCUGGCCAAGGAGAGAGACCUGCAGGCAGCCAUGCUGCAGCUAGACAGGCUGGAGAAGGAGAGGUCUGGAGCACUGGAGCAGUACAAGGAGGUGUCAAGGAAACUUGAACGAGCAACAAACAAGACAAAAAACUGGAAGGACAAGGUGGCCAAACACGAGGGGCUGGUGCGUCUCAUCCAGCCAGGUCAUAAAGGACCUCAGAGGAUCACUAACUGGGGACCGGCUUCGUUUACCGACACUGAGCUGGAGCUGAGGAAGAAGUCGUGGCAGGAGAGUAAGAACCAGGGAGCUCAGGCUCAGUGAACACUCACCAUCACACACUGAUGAGGAAAACUCUGACUGUUAUUAACUUUAAAGCUCAAACUGUCGAAGUCUGAAGACGUUUGAUAACAUGACCUUACAUGAUAGCUGCCAAGAAAACGAUGAUACUGAUUUGAUUUUGACUUUUAAAAGAACAGACAGGAUUAACUUAAACAUUUCUUCAGUUUCUGCUAUAACAAAAGUAUUAAAGGUUCAUUCUUGACUUUGUAAGAGGUUCAUUGGACGAAAUAAUCUGAUGUCAAGAACAUAUUUCUAACUUUUUAUUUGGCACUUGUCUUCAUCAGCAGUUUGCUCAGUGGUCAUAUUGAUCUGAACCAUCUAAGCAAACGUGAGAUGUGGUUGAAAGCACCAAUAAAAAGGCAGCAAGUGGACCUUGAUUUAAGAUUAUUUUAUUAAAAAAUGUUUGUUCUCAUUUCUGAUUUCAUGUGCUAUGUUUAAUUUAACCCUAACCCUAACCCUAACCCUAACCCUAACCCUAACCCUUUUAUCACGUUUUUCUAUAUAAACUUGUAAUGUAAACUAGGAGCUUUUUACUGAUAUCUGACAGAGCAUAACAGUAGAUACAUUUCAGAUUUCUGAGCUAAAGCUGAGUGAACUCAUAACUAAGAUGAUAAAGUCAUGAUAAAACAUUGAUUUGUCAUGAAUGUGGAAGGCUAAUUUCAUUUCAGGUGUCCAUACUUGGGAAGAGCCUGUUUACAAAUAGAAAUAAAUAUGUGUCUGAAGA